AUGUUUAUUCAAUUAAAAACAUGUUUUAAAUUUCAGAAAAACAUUUUUAGCUAUCAAAAACAUAACGAAACAAUAACAACAACAACACAAGAAGAAACAGCAAUAACAUUUGGCGAUUUGCGUUCUGUCGGUGAUUGUCAUCCAGAAUGUUUGGGUUGUUCUGAGAGCAAGUCUCAAACUGCCUGUUUUUCUUGCCGUCAUUUUACUCAAUCUUUGAGAAAUCGAGCUGGAUUUAAAUGUGUUUCCCAUUGCGACACCGGUUUUUAUGCUGAUGGGGAUAAAUGUAAAAGAUGUUCUUCUGAUUGCGAAACUUGUUCUUCUGGCGAAUUGUGUGAUACCUGUCAUGGGGCAAAAUUGCUUAUCGAUGUUAAACAUUAUGGACAUUUGGACCAUGGAAGAUGUGUAGAUUCGUGUCCUUCUGGUUUAGUUGCUGUUUAUAAAAGCACAAUACAAGCCAAAUGUGUCUUAAAAAUAAAUACUUGUGCUGCUGGUUAUUUUCAAAGUGAUCAAGCUACUGGUGUUUGUUUAGAUUGUGAUAAAGCUUGUUCAUUAUGUCAUGGACCGGGCCCUCUACAAUGUGACCAGUGUGCCCCAGGUUACGGAAACUCUUCCAUCGGUUAUUGCCGUCCUUGUUGCUCAACAGAUCAAUUACAACAACACGAUACUAGUUGUGAAGAUUGUAGCCAUAUAUAUUUAACAACGCCUUAUUCCCCAUUUUCUUCUACUUUUACCUCCACAAAUUUAUUAACAAUCAACUCUAUUUUUAUGUCUUUUUUGUUUGUUUUUGUGCUUGUUUUGAUUGCUACUUUGGGUUGUUGGCUUUGUUACAAGCUGAUUUACUUUUGUUGUUGCAAACAAAAAGAUGGACGAGCGGAUUUGGAGUGA